CCAAAGGCGCCCGUUUUGCCCGCUUUGCAUUGUGGGAGCGUUGCCUUUUCUUCUAUCGGGAGGCGCCGCUAAAGCGAAACCGCUGCUGUUCUCUAACACAUUGUGUGGACUGGUGCGGGCUCCAGUAAUCUCUCCACCAUGUCAGUGCGGGAGGCUUUUAAUCCAGAGAGUUACGAGUUGGACAAGAACUUCAGACUAACACGCUUCACAGAGCUUAAAGGGACCGGCUGCAAAGUCCCUCAGGAUGUGCUUCAGAAACUUCUGGAGUCGUUGCAGGAGAACCAUUAUCAGGAGGAUGAGCAGUUCCUCGGGGCAGUUAUGCCCAGACUGGGCAUCGGCAUGGACACCUGUGUGAUUCCUCUGAGACACGGUGGCCUUUCGCUAGUGCAGACCACAGACUACAUCUACCCUAUAGUGGACGACCCUUACAUGAUGGGCAGAGUUGCGUGUGCUAACGUCUUGAGUGACCUGUACGCUAUGGGAGUGACCGAGUGUGAUAACAUGUUGAUGUUGCUGGGCGUUAGUAACAAACUGUCCGAAAAGGAAAGGGACAAGGUGAUGCCGCUUAUUAUCCAAGGUUUUAAGGAUGCAGCAGAGGAGGCGGGCACCUCUGUGACCGGUGGUCAGACAGUUGUGAACCCCUGGAUCGUACUUGGAGGCGUGGCCACAACAGUCUGUCAACCUAACGAGUUCAUCAUGCCAGAUAAUGCAGUGCCAGGUGACGUGUUGGUUCUCACCAAACCUCUCGGCACUCAAGUAGCAGUCGCAGUGCAUCAGUGGCUGGACAUCCCAGAGAAAUGGAACAAGAUCAAGUUAGUAGUGACACAAGAGGAUGUGGAGCUAGCAUAUCAGGAGGCUAUGUUGAACAUGGCCAGACUCAACAGAACAGCGGCAGGUCUGAUGCACACGUUCAACGCACAUGCUGCCACAGACAUCACAGGCUUUGGUAUUUUGGGUCAUGCUCAGAACCUCGCAAGACAGCAGCGCAGCGAGGUCUCCUUCGUCAUCCACAACCUACCCGUCCUCGCCAAGAUGGCUGCCGUCAGCAAAGCCUGCGGGAACAUGUUCGGUUUAAUGCACGGCACCUGCCCCGAGACCUCAGGAGGCCUGCUGAUCUGUCUACCACGUGAACAAGCUGCUCGCUUCUGCGCCGAGAUCAAAUCUCCGAAAUACGGCGAGGGCCACCAGGCCUGGAUCAUCGGCAUCGUAGAGAAAGGCAACCGCACAGCUCGGAUCAUCGACAAACCCCGCAUCAUCGAGGUCGCGCCCCAGGUGGCCACGCAGAACGUCAACACCACCCCAGGAACUACAUCCUAAAGCUGAGCCCACAACUCCUGAACAUUUUAGCACGCUCUAGCACCACCACAGCGUAGAGAAACACACACCACCUGCCCACCAUGACCUUACGGCAAAUACUACAUGGACACACUUAAGAGUUUAAAAGAGUAACAGGGAAUUAAAGUCAAUCGUUUUUUUGUUUUUGUUUUUUCCAUUGUCUCGAUACGUUUUCUGUUACAAAAUGUUGCAGAAGCACCCGACUUUAAGGCAGCUUCUACAGUAAAUGAAGAGUAUGAUGAUAAUCUGAUACUGUUGAUUCAUUAUGAAUCUCUUCUGCUCCACUUCAAUUGGAAAUCGUGCCCCAGUCGACUCCUAAUGACCCACCGACAUGCGUACAUUGUAGCAAUAUAUAUUGUUUUGCUUUUGACGCUCCAUGUGCUAACAGUACUUCAGACUGUAGCUAAGAUGUUGAGCGAUAGAAAAAGUGACUUUCUUUUUUUUUCUACUUUCACUUUUGUACGAUAUGUCCCUGGACUAAUCAAAAUAAAGUGAGCCUUGCCUGGUUUGGGCUGAAAGUAUCAGAAGUAAUUAAACAACCGUCCCAUAUUUUUCAAGGUGUACCGUGUCAACCCAUAAUGGCAGUGUGUGGACAUUUUGUCAGCGAAUGUAAACAGUGGAGAUGCAGUUUAUAUAUUGUAGGACAUUCACUGUUUCGUACAGAAGUCAUUAAAUUCUUCUGUGAUAUAGUUGAGUUUUUAUAUUCUCUUAUGAAAUCCCCGUUAUACCCCCUCCCUCCCUCCCUCUCUCUCUCUCGCUCUCUCGCUCUCUUAUUCACCAACACCGACAUAUAUCUUUAUGCCCCCUAAAUAAAUCUGAUGUUUUUUUAAUUUCUUGGAAAUUUGUGCCUCUGUUUGUGUGUGAGGGGGGGAACAUAAUACUAUCUUAGAUCAUUGUAUGAAGCUGAUCUUUUCAUAGUAAUACUCCACAGCACAAGACUUCAACUAGUAGUGGGUGGUGUAAAAAAAAAAAAAAAAAAAAAAAAAUUUAAGCGUAGUACAUGACUUUUCCAAAGAACUGGUUUCAGGGGGGAAAAAAAACCUCCUUUAUUAUCUUUGCAAGCAAAGUUCUUCUGAGGCUGAUAUUGAUAUGUAGAGGAAAAUCUUUACAUCUUUACAUGUUCAGCUCAGUACAGAAAGUGUCAAACAUCCAUGAUUUAAUAAAGUAUGCAUAAAUGAAAUAGUGGAUUGCUAACCUAUAACCUGUCACCUGUUAGAGAAAUCAACGUGCUUAAUAACAUACAAAUAUUUACAAUUAUACAUCAAUUCUGUAUCAGCAUGUUACGCAAAGCUGCCAAAGUAUUGUGUAGGCCUGAUGCCACUAUUGAUUUUAUCGAAAUAUUUUAGCCCUAGUUUAUAUUUUUCUGAUGCUUAGAUUGAUAGAGAUGCAUUAA